UUGUUCAAAAAAUCUAGACCUCCAUUUUUCGUCAUUAUGUAAUAUGAAAUGUCAGUGUCAUAUCAUACGUCACAACCAGCUGAUUGACACUGAAAACUAAUUUUGAAUGACAUUAUUUUCAGAUUUAUAAAAUUAGUGAUGCUCCGAAAAGUAGUUAUUGGGUCAGGCAUAAUUGCCUUGAUACCAACUGUAAAUGCAGCCAGUCCUAUUGAUUCACAGGAACCCUUGCGCCCAGCUCUUAUGAAACCUUCUGAACUUCCUAUAUAUGAAUCACCACAUGCGGAUUAUAAGGAUCAUAUAGAGGCCUUAAGUAAGGUUCACAAACCCAGCUAUUUAAAGUCAAUUCUCCAGCCCCCUGUGAGUGCAGUCAGGGAAACAUUCGAGACUGGUUUGGCACACAGCACCUCCUUGAAGUACAGAAUAUCAGAUCACUAUCAUGAUGUUAAGGAUAAAAGUGAAUGGAUCUUUCAAUAUCUCAGGGAAGAGGAAAAUAAGCAACAGAGGUAUGGAGCAGUUGGUAUGGGAGGACUAACUGGUUUUAUAUUUGGACUGAGAGGAGGUUUUUUCAGGAGGGCAUUAUAUGCUGGUAUCGGAACAACAGUGAUGGGAUAUACAUGUUUCCCAGAAGAUACCAAAAGAAUAAUGAGUGAAAAUGGAACACUAGCCAAACAAUACAUGAACAUUGCAUAUAAUUUCUUGUAUGGAGUUAAACCAGGAGAUCCUCAGCUGGAGAUCAAGUUCCCUGAGAUAUCUUUUCCUAAAGAUUUCGCAGAGUUUCUUGAGAUGAGUGUGUCACUUGCAUCAACUAUGAAACAAGCGAUAAUGCCACCACCAAAAGAAAUAGGGGACAAACAACCAGACCAGAAGGAAUAGAUAAUACAGACAUAAAGCAAAAUAAUGCAAUAGAAUAUAGUGGAUAAAUUUAUUCAUCAGUGACACAUUUAUUAAGAAACAAUGAAGUUGAACAUUUUUCUUUAUAAGCUAUUUAUUUAAUACUAAAGUGUUUUAAAUGAUGAUUAAAAACGUGGUAUUUCAAAAAUUAUAUUUUUUAAUGGAA